AAGCCAGCGAGGAAGAAAAUUAACCGGUUUUUGAUAGCUGUCGGUCGCUGUUUCAACUAAUGAUGUAAUGUUUUCGGGUUGGAUAAAUAGUUAAAGACGAUUUUAAAUCUAAAGAAGACGUAGUCGUGUCCUCCAAAAGGGGGACAGUGAAGCCAUGGCUGCUGCACAGUCUGUCCUAACGUUUGCAGUGUGCAUCCUCAUGAUAACAGAGCUGAUACUUGCCAAGAAGGACUACUAUGAUAUACUGGGAGUGCCCAAAGGUGCAUCAGAGCGCCAGAUUAAAAAGGCUUUCCACAAACUUGCAAUGAAAUAUCACCCAGAUAAGAACAAGAGCCCAGAUGCUGAAAUGAGAUUCAGGGAAAUCGCUGAAGCUUAUGAAAUUUUAUCAGAUGAGACCAGAAGAAGAGAGUACGAUCAAUUUGGUGACACUACACACUUCACUGGGGAGACACAAGGCAGACACAGAGCAGGUGCCCACCAAACCUUCAGCUUCAACUUUGAUGACAUGUUUAAAGACUUUGACAUGUACAGCCAAAACCGGCACGCCCGUCAUCGAAGACACUUCGAAGAACACUCCAGGUCCCAUAAGGAGUCCCACACCAGACACAAGAGACACUUUCAAGGUGGUUUUGGAGCAGGUAUCUUUGAUGACAUGUAUGAUGACAUAGAGAAAAUGUUUACUUUUGAUAGACAUCCAAAACAGACUGAAAGUCGGUUUCAUGGUGUAUCUAAACAACACUGUAGAACAGUAACCCAGAGAAGAGGAAAUAUGGUGACCACAUACACAGACUGCACAGCAUCGUGAAAGGGUUUCUGACUUAAAAUCGCCUUAAGAGGAUACAACACUGUGGCAGUGAUCAAGUAGCUGAAAGCCAGUCUGUUCAAAUGCUGUGAAAUAUAAACAGUGACACUGCGUACUGACAUUCAGUUUUCAAAUUACUUAGCUUUAUCUAUUUUGAAACUUUUCUUUGUGUAUUUUCAUAGAUCUGUAAAUUAAUGUGUUAUUUGCUUACUGUUGAAGUAAGCUGAAUAUUUUCUGUCUUUCUUUUAAGCACCUUCUCUCAGUAAUUGAAUCUGACAACAUUAGCAUUACACUAGUGAAAUGAAUGGUAGUCUUACUCAGAACUACUCAUCCUUAACAUGUUUUUUGAACAGUUUUUAGUGUCUUCAUGUAGGCUCCUCUGUACUUAAUUGUUGCUACAGGCAGAUACAAUAGCAGAUUAAGGAUUUUUGCUCAUGGACAUUAGAUAGAAAGCAGUUAUCACACAUCUGUUGUAACUGCUUGAAAUACACAUGUACAGUGCCAGUAAUAUAUUUUUUUAAAAAACCUUUAGUAUUUUAUCAUUUGUGGUUAAACCACAUCCAGCGUUAUUGUAAAUGUCUGUAAAACAGAAAAAAUUAAGAAAGUUAGAAAUAAGAUUAGACAUUUUUGGAGUCAGAUCCUACAAAAGUGUGAUGGAAUAUCGGUGUUAAAGAUAAAAGAUUUUAAUCUAUUACCAUUUUCAAGACAAGAUUUUGUUAGUAUAGGUCAUUCUAUAAUGACUGGUGUAUGGUCCUCACUUGCAUAGACAACAAUCUACUAUGUGUUUAUUUUCCCAUUCACACAAACACUCAAAUGACUCUUCCUCUUGUGUAUUCGCACUCCAUAUAAGCAGCAACGUGAGGGUCAUUGUCUUGCUGUAGGAAUGACCAAACAAACCCAUGUAAGGGUAUUGGCAUCUGAAUGUCUAACAAACUGAAGAAUGUGCAAGAUGAAGGGUCAAUGUACCUUAGAGGGAUUGUUUUGUUUUGCUUUUUGCUUGAUCUGUGAGUGUACUAACUUACCACAAUCUUGAAGAAAUAUGGUAUAGGUACUUAAAUGUAUGGGUGCUCAGUAUUCUCCAUAUAUGAUGCUGGUAAUUGAAUUUUCAGCUUGAUAAAAGCUGCAGUAUGUUGGUGCUUUUAUCCUAUAUUAGCCUAUCAUUUGUUGUCUCAUUCCUGGCAAUGUGUUGUGCAAUAUUUAUUAGUAAAAUACCCAUUGGCACUUUACGUAUUGUGAAUAAAUUGUUAAAACCAAACCAUCUUUUCUUAUUCGUGAAUGUCAUUAAAA